GGAAAUCAGGUUAUUGCGUGUUUGACCUCAAGACCGAUAGAGAGAUCAGAGAGAGACUACUCUGAUGAUCUUUUUCCGAUCUUUUAUAAUAGAUCAACAUUUCUUACUUCGUUUCUUCUCUUCUACUGCUCUCACUCUCUCUCUCUCUCUCUCUCUCUCCCUCCCCUUUGGAUGUUAAAUUCGAAUCGGAUGGAUUAGAUUCUGACCGGGGAGGCUAUUUUUCUACCGGAGAAAUUUGAACGGAGGUAGACGGAUUACAGUCGUGACAGGAGAGAAAAAGACGACUUCCUCUUUUUCUUUCUUUUUGGUUUUCUGGACAAAAUUGGGGUGACUUUAACCAAAGGGAGAUAUGAGAGGUGUAAAUAACAGUAUGGAUACUAUAAGUGCUGCUGCGUCUGCGAUCGUCACGGCUGAGGCUCGAGUUCAGCCAACUACUGUUCAGAAAAGAAGAUGGGGGAGCUGUUGGAGUCUGUAUUGGUGUUUUGGAUCUCACCGGCAUGGUAGGCGUAUUGGGCAUGCCGUCCUUGUUCCUGAACCAACAGACCCAGGAUCAGCAGUCCCAGCCACUGAAAAUCAAAGCCACCCACCCUCCAUUGUAUUACCUUUCAUUGCUCCUCCCUCUUCUCCUGCUUCUUUCCUUCAAUCGGAACCUCCAUCUGCUACUCAAUCACCAGCAGGACUAUUAUCCUUCACCUCACUAUCUGCCAAUGUCUACUCUCCAGGUGGACCUGGUUCUAUUUUUGCUAUUGGACCAUAUGCACAUGAGACUCAGUUGGUCUCGCCCCCUGUCUUUUCAACCUUCACAACUGAACCAUCUACUGCUCCUUUUACUCCUCCUCCAGAACCUGUGCAGCUGACCACACCUUCCUCACCAGAGGUUCCCUUUGCUAAACUCCUCACAUCAUCGCUGGACCCCAAUCAUCGAGCAGGUGAAGCCUGUCAAAAUUUCCCAGUAUCCCAAUAUGAAUUCCAGUCUUAUCAGCUAUACCCUGGAAGCCCAGUUGGUCACCUCAUAUCGCCCAGCUCAGCAAUCUCAGGCUCUGGUACAUCUUCUCCUUUUCCAGAUCGUGAGUUAAUUUCUGGUGAACAUUCUUUUCUUGAGUUCCGUGCAAGCGACCCUCCCAAACUCUUUAGCAUUGAUGCACUUUCUAUCCUUAAGGGGGGGCAAGGACAAGGUUCUGGGUCACUGACGCCAGAUGCUGCAGGACCGACCUCUCGAGAUGGUUUCCCCCAAGAUAAUCAGAUAUCGGAGGUUGCAUCCCUUGCAAACUCAGACAGUGGCUCACAAAAUGGAGACAUUGUGAUUGAUCAUAGAGUCUCCUUUGAGCUAACUACUGGAGAGGUUCCAAGCUGUGUGGAGAAGGCAAUCCUCGAUGAAUCCAUAUCACAAUCUCUGCCAUCGGGCACCACAGCUGAAGUAGAUGGAAUUUCACGCAAAACAGAAGAUGUCGCCGAGACCCGUAUUGGGGAAACAUCAAACAAUACUCCCCAGAAAUCUAUGGAGGAUGGGGAGGAGCAGCGACAACAUCAUCAUCAAAAGAAUCCUUCCCUCACGCUUGGUUCAGUCAAAGAAUUCAAUUUUGAUAACGCAGAUGGAGGAGCAGCCGAUAAGCCCACCAUCAGCUCUGAAUGGUGGAUCAAUCAGAAGGAAGCUAGACCCUGCAACCAAUGGACCUUCUUCCCCAUGAUGCAGCCAGGUGUCAGCUGAUCUAAUCAACACAAUGUCCGAUUUCAGUUUAUCUGUCUCCUUCACAGUGGAAGGAGUUUGCCUGUGGGCUUAGGGAAUAUAAACCUAAAUACCUGAUCACCAACCUGGAUGAAAAUCAAAGCCAAACAUGAUGGGCAUAGGGGUGAUUAUGGAUGAUAAUCUUGGUGAUUGAGAUCAGGUAGACUGAUCAUAUACGACUGACGUAGAAAUAGGAGGGCGGUGCAUCUUGACCACAAAUGACUACACAGAGGAUGAGGGAAGAAUGCAUGGUUCUGAAGAUAGGGUACUGUAUUAACUAUUAAAUUAGUUUUUCUGAUUAUUCUGACUAAAAAUGAAAUUGGAAGUUUUCCUGGCUUACCACUUAUUCUUCUGUGAAGAUUUUAAGCUUUUUGCUUUAUGUAUGUAAUAUUAAGAAUUAAGAAGACAAGGGGAUGAAAUGCUCCUCCGCAUUGUGUUCACCUAUGAAGUGACAAUUGAGUUCUCAUCUCUCGUUAAUCA